AUGGAUGAUGGAAUUUCUAGGAUGUUAGAAGUACAAGAAUCGGAUAAAGAAACAAUAAAGCUUAAAAAUGGUCGUCCGCGUAAGAAUCAAAUUUCUAAUAAAGAUUUGGAAAUUAAUAAAAAUAUUAAUAAGGACACAAAACGUCCAAUAAAAGAGGAUAAAAUACAACAAAUAAGUAACAAAGAAUUUAUUGAUAAAAUGACACUACAAAUUAAUAAUUUAGACAAAAAUCGACAUACAAAAAUUAAUAAAAGAGAUAAAGUUUUAAUAUUUAAGCUUUUGAUGCCAGGAAUUACUAAGAAAUUACAAGAAGUUUAUGGUGAAACAAAAUAUGAAGUAAUUGAUUACUCAAUUGAUUAUGUAAAAGUAAUUGAGGAAAAUGGGAGAAUACACAAAGUAAUCCAUAGAAGUUUAAUUAAAAUGAUUGAUUAA